UCGCUCCGAGCAUCCGGUACGAUACAUUGUACAGCGCAGAAAUUACCUUCCGCAUAGAAAAAACAUUCAACUUUCAAUUUUGUUGUUAUCGUCUUUCGAAAUAAAAACCUUGUCAUCGGUCUAGGAAUCGAAAUCUCCGUGUUUCGAAUUUAUCCCACUACUUCUGUCCUCUGAAAUAUUCUCAAUUCUGAAUUUGCAACGUGAGAACUCUCAGAAUAAUCGGAAAUGUCGAAACUUCCGUUGACCGUGAUCUUGCUCUUAAUUAGCUGUACUUCACUCGUGACGACGCAAAGAACAUUUUUAGAUAAUCCUUACGGUGUUUAUCUAAUCCGGAGCCUCAGAAAUUGGAUGACGAACUCAAUUGGUAGCACUGGUGAUCAACAUGGAGACUUAUAUCGGGCAGCGCAGAAGCAAGGGAAGGUGCAGGAUCCCAUUCCGGAAAGCGUCCCAUUCCCCUGCAAUAUAACUGCCGGCCGCUCGGAGACCGUGCCAACAUCAGUCCACAAACUGAGACCAGGAGACAUCGACGUAAUCGGCGCAAUGGGGGACUCUCUAACAGCAGGAUUCGGCAUUUACGGUUCAGACAUGAUCACAAUAUUCAUUGAAAAUCGCGGCGCUUCGUCCCUCGGUGGUGGACAAGGUAGUUGGCGUGACACACUGACCAUUCCCAAUAUCCUAAAAGCCUUCAAUCCGAAACUUUUUGGGUAUUGCAAGAAGGAUGCAUGGAAUCAUCAGCCAGCAGCGGAGUUCAAUGUUGCUGAGAGUGCCUCAAUGUCCAGGGAUAUGCCCUUCAUGGCGGAGAUUUUGGCCCGCAGAAUGAAAAGUGACCCUCGGGUUGAUAUGAAAAAUCAUUGGAAACUUGUGAGCCUCUUCAACGGUGCUAAUGACUUCUGCUCGGACAUGUGCUGGAAUCCAUCAGCGAGUGAUACCAUAGAAAAUCACCGGAGAGAUUUGAUCAAAACAUUGAGAACCCUCAGGGAUAAUCUACCGAGAACCCUAGUAUCUGUCGUAUCGACUCCUCACAUAAAACCUUUGGUAGAUCAGAAGGGACGGUCGACGUUGUGCCAGCUAACAUAUGCAGCAGAGUGUUCAUGCCUAUCAGGUCGAGACUGGCAGCAUAGGAGGCAAGAAUUUUACGACAUCAUGUGGAGCUUCCAACAAGUCGAUGAAGAAGUAGCAGCUUAUCCCGAAUUCCAACGAGAAGACUUCUCUGUGGUUGCCCAACCACUUUUCGUCAAUUACACUUGGCCAACAUUACCCGAUGGUACCGCGGACUUUCGGUACAUGUCUGCUGAUUGUUUCCAUUUCAGUCAGCUCGGAAAUGAGAGAAUGACUUACUCCGUCUGGAGAAAUAUGCUGGAGCCAGUAGGAAGGAAAAGUCACUUCUGGACUGAUGUUGGAACCUUACCUUGUCCCACGGAAGAUCGACCCUAUAUUGCAACGUUGGGAAACAGUUGAAAAUUUUGUCUUUAGAUCAUUCCAAUCAUUUUAUUAAUUUUGGGCUGUUGCAAUAUUCGUGUGGACGAACGAAAAAUCCCAUCGCAACAGCAUAGGAAAAUACUAUUAUAUACAGAGCGUUGAUUGUAGAUGAAACAACUAAAAGAAAAAAGUGUUCAACUAAUUGUUAGUCACAUGCAACUUGAAUAGGAAAAAUAAUGUGUUUUACAUUGUCAAGGAUAAGAUGAGUGUGAAACUAUUUGAGGGAUCUCAUGACAGCAAAAAUAAAGAGCUAUUAUUGUAA